AUGGCUUCAGCGUUGAAAAUUUCUCUCCUGUGUUUUUUCCUCCUUUUCUCCAUUGUGAUCUUGAAGACUGAACAUGUAACCGGUGAUCAACACGAGUACGCUAAUCAUAGGCUACUAUGGCCGGUCUGGUUCCACGAGAAUCUUGCUCGUGCACGUCACGAUCGCGACGGAAGGAGUUUCCAGCAGACGAACGGUUGGAAUAGGAACGAUUUGUUGGCCGACAGAGGAAGUUCGACGAUCGCACCGCAAACCGGCACCGCGUCCAGGCAUCACGUGGAUCAACGUGUUCACGAACAGAGAACAUCGAAACCGGAGAAGUUCAGCGCAGUCGCGGUCGCGGAAUACGGAGGCACCAGGGCCAUCGCUUAUGCCGGUUAUCACAACAAUCAUCGUCACCAGGCCAGGGAAGCCGUCACUCAGACCUACCAGCAUCUCACGACUACGCCGUCUACUUAUACCAGGCAUCAUCCUGGGAGGCGAGUUUGCAGCAGAUCGGUGCCCAAUUCUGUCAGUCAUCACCAUCGAAAUGGGCAGUUUAGGUACCUUAAUAUCUUUAAUAUUAAGACCGACACGCCUUCCCUUUUUUUGUGCUGCCCUGGGUGGACGCAGGCGACUCAUUUGAGCUUCGGGUGCAAUAAACCUGCCUGCCCUUCCCCAUGCUUAAACGGAGGGAUAUGCACCUCCCCUGGCAGGUGCACGUGUCCCAAAGGAUUUACAGGCAACCAGUGCCAGACAGACAUCGACGAGUGCGUGACAGAGAAGCCCUGCGAUCAGCUCUGCAGAAACCUACCCGGAACGUACGAGUGCCACUGCAAGCCUGGUUUCCAACUGCAGAAAGACGGCCAGUCCUGUCGAAAGAACGACACCGAAGACACAGCGUUCGAGGCUCGAGACCUGGAGGAUGACUUCCACGAAGUGACAACGACGAGACGUCCGUCGAUCACGCCACACGAUACGGAGAACGAGGUGGCUGAUGGUGACCUCGAUCAAGACUACGAGAUUAUCCUGAAAAGGCUCACAAAGCUCGAAAAGCAAUUUGCUAAAGGAAAGAAGAGAGACACAGACACAACAGAUAUGACCGUGAAGGUUCAAUCUGUUGUCGAAAGUAUUAACGAAAUGAGAAGGGCCGUCGAAAAUGUGCAACUCAUGCAACAAGAAAUAUACGAAAUGAGAAGCAAAUUGAGGGAAUACGAGUUGGAGGCGAGAAAAAUGCAGCAUUUGUCGAACAGAGUGGUGGAACUGGAGAAUCGUCUCAGAUUACGGUGUAGAUCGGUCAUGCCAAUAAAGAGUGGCACGUUGAAUUUCUAA